CAAAGAUCGAAAAGAGAAAGUGUAGGGAGGGGUAUACAAACAUCAAGCAAGGUCAGUGGAGAAAGGCAGAGUAAACUCAGUUCCACCAUCACAAUGACAGCAUUACAGACUUUUCAGAAAACUCUCACCGAUAUUGUUUCGAGCGAUAAGUUGUCUUCGUCUCGCGUGGAGCGUAUACGGAAUGAGGCAUCAGAAAACUUUGACCAUGCGGAUGAUAUGGCCAGCGUAAUCGUAAAGGUACACGACUCAGCAAAGGCGAAAACCAAAAUUUCAUCUCUGUAUCUAUUUGAUGCAAUGGCAAGAUGUGCACAAGAAGUCAUACGGCGGAAAGCAUCAGGAUUCAAAUACAAGGAUGCUAGACCACCAAAAGGUAGCUCUUCUGCUGCUGGGACAAAGGAAGCUAUGGUAGAUGCUGCAAAUGCAUUCCUCGGUGCAUGUGCGAAGAUUGUAGAAGAAAUCGUUCUUUCUACCGCUCAAAGCGUUCGACCGGACCAAAGAGAAAAGGUCGCCAAAGUUGUCGAUAUAUGGAUCAAGGCAAACACGUUCGACACGGGCAUGCUCGAAAGAAUACGGUCCAAAGCACUUCGAGGUGAGGGGGCAAGUCAUGCCUCUUUCCGAUCACAGGAAGAUGAAAAAGGCAAUUCGAUGGGAAGUCCAUACGGAAUGUUGAUGAAUGAAGAUGAAAAUACCAACAACAGCAGGACAACCAAAUCACCACCCGCGCCAGCUGGAAUACCAGCCAACUUGCUGGCAAUGCUGGGCAAUUCAGGAGCAAAAGCGGUCACGACGGAAGCUGCAAAAGGUGCAUCAGCCGAUCAAGGACAACAAGCCAAUACCGGUGCUCCGGCUGCAGGGACCAGUCUUGAUCCCAAUCAACUUGCUAUGCUUCGUCGAGUUGCUGCCCAACAGGAACAGGAGCAGCAACAACAACAGCAACGAAAAAGCUCAUGGCAAAGACCAGGUUCGGAGGACCGCAGAGUCCGUCAAGGUAGUAGAGAGACAUCUCUACCACCUCGAUCGGAACCCGCAAAACAGUAUCAGCAAAAUAAACAAAGUUUCCGAGGAGAGACGAUCAAUGAGAAUGAAUCAACAUCGAACACAAAUGCAAACUUUUGGGUUGAUAAAAGUGUAGGAGAUUUGUCCAACUUUGAUCUUUCUUCUUUUGAUCCGACAAAAUCGGAAAAUUGGUUAAAAGUUGCACAGCAAUGGUAUAACACAUAUGAAUAUUGUCCAAGUAAUCAAGAGCUUUUGGUUGGGAUUAUGUCUGUUAUGCAAUCACAAAUGUAUAUGCAAUCGCAAAUGAUGGGAGGUGGCAAUGAUGGAUUUGAAGCAAAUGAUGGAAUGCAAGCUGAAAUGCAGCAUACAUCUGCAGGAUGGAAUUAGCAAAAGGGAAUUCGCUCAUAGUGACGUCGAUGAUCUGGUUCGUUUUAUGUACUCUCUUACAAGCAAAAAAAUACUAAUUUGUACAUUAUCUGGUUUCAUGCACAAAAAAACAGUGAUCAAUCUUGC